AUGGUGAUAGUGACAAAUGGGGGCGGACUGUUGUCAUGUACGUGGACAUUCACAGCAACUGAUACAUCUGCAAAUCUCGUCAUUGGACAAAGACUAAAGUGUGGGGAUGGCGAUGAACUAUCAUUACAUGACGGAGGUGGUAGGCCUAAAACAAUUUCUUGCUGUGUUGAUUGCACAAAAACUCCAGAAGUCACAGGACCUACAGCAACGAUCGGCUUCACCUCAGACGGGACUCGAAAUCCCAAUGACAUAGGAUUCUAUCUCGACAUAUUUGCUGGGAAAGAUGAAUCGGGCUGUUCUAAUCAGAACAAUACCUUCAAUGUUUCGAUUUCGUCUCCGUAUGUCAUCACAUCUCCUAACUUUCCAUCACAUUACCCAAACCUGAUUCAAUGCCAUUAUACUUUUAUACCAGUGCCUCUGAGCCAAGGACUUGUCAUCUCGUUCCAGUUUGUCAAUCUUGAUUACGAUAGAGGUUGUUAUGACAAGAUCAUCUUAAAGGAAGGUGACAUGAAUGGGAAUAAAAUUGCUGAAAUAUGUAAGGAUUACGGACAAAAUAACCCCGUUUUAUCUCCAAAUGAGACGUACAGAACCACGGGAUCAUUGUUUCUUCAUUUCGUGUCUGACUCUGGUUACCCGGCACGUGGGUUUAGAGCUAUUGUCCAACAAGACUCAACAUCAGGAAACACAGAGAGUACCACAACAGUGGUCACAGAGUCAACAACAAAGGAAAGUACCAUACAAUCAACAACAGCUGAAUCAACUAUUGUAUCAACAACAAACAGUGAAUCAUCAACAUCUCAAAGCCCCACAUCAAGAAACAAAGAGAGCACCACAACAGUGGCCACAGAGUCAACAACAACAGAAAGUACCACACAAUCAACAACUGAAUCAACUACUGUAUCAGCAACAAACAGUGAGUCAACAACGUCCAAAAGCACCACAUCAGGAAACACUUUAACAAUAGUAACAACAGAAAAUACCUCACCAACUCCAACCGUAAUGGAAAGUACUACAGUACAAACAACCUUAGAAUCAACAACGACAGAAAUCACAACACCAGCAUCACCUACCCCUAAGUCACCACCAUCAUCUACCCCUAAGUCUCAAGAUGUUUCAGUUCCUUUGGUUAUUGUUAGCGCUGUAACAGGAAUAAUCAUACUGCCAACAAGUAUUGUUAUUUACUACAAGAAAUACAAGAUUAAAACAAUCAAGGACACCCAUAUGACAUCUGCUACUAAGGUCUACAAAGAGACUCGGCUUGGUAUUGCAAAAGGGCACUUUCAUCCUCAGGACCUUAAAUUAAAGGUUGAUCAACAAAUGAACGGUGAAACCGGAAAUCCACAAGAAAUGUAAGAUUGUCUAUCAACGGAGAAUCCUGAAUUGAAACCCAAACACCCGAGAUUAUAGAAGCCGACUAUGUUGGUACGAAUUGUGCUGUGCCGUAUUCAUCUUGUCAUAAUUGUUCUUAUU